AUGUUUCAGCGCCUCCGCGACGCGAUCGACUCGCGCAUCGCAGAAGAACAAGCACGCCAGAAAUCAAGCCAAGAAGCCCUCUCCCGCUCCAACUCCGCCCGCCUGCCCCAAGGCCCCGGCCGACGACCUGCGCGCCCCCGCCGCAACACCGCAACGCCCGUCCGCGGCCCGGACCCGAAAGAGUUCGAGGCAGAUUUUGCUAUCGGCGACGAUGAUACACCGCCUAGAUCGGGGACCCCGCAGCCGGAGCCUGCGACGGGGGGCGAUGGCGCUGCGGAUGAGAAUGUCGGGGAGAAACAGGCGUCUACAGUAGAGUCGGGUGGGAAGGAGGCGGCUGCUGGUGAUAAGGGGACUGGUCAGAACCAGGCGCCGUCGGAAUUGCCUCCGGAGGUUAGGGCGAAGUUGAGGAGGUUGGAUAAGAUGGAGACGCGGUAUCAUGACCUCCUGAAAGCUUACCGAACCGCGCAUUCACGAGUUCUCUCGAUCGAACCAUUUGAAGCAGCCUUAAGAGAGAAUACCCCAUUGACGUCCAUCAGCGAACCGAAAGCCUUCACGGAGUACUUGAACCAGAUUUCCUUGAAGGGGGAUAUGGUUACGGAGGAACUUAAGCGGAUUACAACCGAGAGAGAUGACUUCAAGAAGAAAUUGGAGGAAGCUCAGAGGUCUAAGAACGAAAACGCACCGUCGAAGGGAGGAGAGACUGGUGAUUCUGCGAAAGAUGCGGAUACCACGAAAGAGGGCGAAACCGAAGAAUUCUUUUCCUUCGAUAACGAACUUCCACGUAUCGAGUCCGAGCUGAAGGAGAAACAGGAGGAGGUUGAAACACUCAAAUCGCAGACGGAGAACCUUAAACGUGACCUUUCUAUUGCGCGCGAGUCUACCGAAGGCAUGGUGCAGAACCUGGAAACCGCGACUCGCGAGCUGGGAGAAUUGCGUGAGGCCAAGGACAAACAGGACACCGAGGUUGAAGAACUUAAGAAGUCCAAGAAGACGGAGAUCGACGACUUGAAGGCUAAACUAACAACCUCAGAGACUACGAUGGUGAAAGCCAACGCUGAAGUCGAGAAGCUCAAGACAGGCUUGACACAGAAGACCGAAGAACUAGAGAAGCUUCGCACACAAGCCUCGACAUCCGAGGGCAACGAUGAUCAGUCUAAACAACUCAGCUCGAAGCUCGAGGAAUCUGAGACGGAAAAGCAGGACCGUGAGAAGCGACUGGGUGUCUUGCAAGGUCUGGUAGAUAAGCUCCAAUCCCAGCUCAAGGAAACCGAAGCUUCAGUUUCGAGUCUCAAGACCGACGUCAGUGAGAAGACAGAAGAGUUGAACAAGCUUCAGAGUCUCGUUACCUUCCUUGAUGGUAACUUGAUGGACAACGCAGAAUGGCAGUUGACCAAGGACAAAAUUACCAAGGGUCAACAGCCAGACUUUGAAGAGCUCCGAAAGAGCCUGGCACCUUCGAAGGAACCGGAAACAGCUCUAGAGGCAGAGCUAGAGACCCAGGCUGCUCAAACAGCUGCCUCUGCCCCUAAUACCGGAGGUGGGAAGAAGAAGAACAACAAAAAGAAGAAGAAGGGCGGUAAAGCUGGAGAGGAAACUAAACCAGCACCAGUCGCUGCUGCUCCGGUGCCCGAGGGAACCAAACCAUCCAAGCCCGAGUCUGACGAAACCUCUAAGAAACUCGGCGAACUGGAGGCGAGGAUCGAAUCUCUCACGCGUGAACUUGGAGAGAAGGAAGCAGCCAUCGACCGUUUGAGUAACAAGCUCAAGGGCGAGGAAGACCUGAAAGAAGAAAUCGAGUCACUACGAGACGAUCUGCUCAACAUCGGCCAGGAGCACGUUGAAUCAAAGGACAAGAUCAAGGAGCUUUCAGCGGAGAAGACAGCUCUCGAGGAGACUAUUUCCAAGCUGGAGAAGGAGCUGGCCGAAGUGCGCACUAGCACUGCCUCCCAGUCAGCAGACUCCGAGAAGGCACACAAGGGUCUGAAGGAAGAGUUCGAGAUCUUGAAAUCGAGAGCUGCAACGCUUGAAACGGACCUUUCCGCGGCACAGCAGUUAGCUGCUACCCGCUUCAAGGAUAUGACAGACUUACGGGAAACUCUUCAGAAACUACAACCGGAGUUGAGGGACUUGCGAUCCGAGUCAUCUGAACUCAGGUUCACGCAGGAUACUCUUUCGCGCAAGUCGGCUGACUUGAAAUCUUUGGAAAGCAAGCAUGAUGGUUUGCGUGCAGAUUUGAAGAACCUCAAGUCGACCAUAUCCGACAGAGAUUCUGAGAUCAAAACACUUAACCAGAAGAUCCGACAGGAGACUGAUAGUCGUUUGAAGGCUGAAGAAGGAUUGUCAGUUGCUCAGUCAGACUUGAGGUACUCCGAAAGCAAGAAGCAGGAGGCAUUUGAGACGCGGGAGAAGAUGUCAGCAGAGCUCUCCAAGGCUCAAGAUGAACUGAAAUCAGCGCGGACCAAGCUCCGAGAUGUCGAGGGACAAGCCGCCCAGCUGGGCAAGGAACUCAACAGUCUGAAGGAGGAGAUCGAACUGAAGACAGCUCAACAUGCCAGCGCCCAAAGUCUAAUGAACAGCAUGCGCGACCAAGGUGCGGAAAUGGGUAUGCAGAUGAAAGAGGCACGCGAGCGCUGCGAAAGCCUGGAGGAAGAAUUGGCCGAUGCUCAUCGACUUCUGAGUGAGCGCACCCGCGAAGGCGAGACGAUGCGCCGCUUGCUGAACGACAUCGAGAGCCGCGCCGAGGGCAAGGUCCGCGACUUCAAGGAACGAAUGGAAGCAGCCAUUGAGGAGCGAGACCGCGCUGAGGAGGACGCCAGCACACAAGGUCGUCGUCGGGCCCGAGAGCUAGAAGACCUCAAGAGCAAGGUCCGCGAAGCUGAAAAGGCCCUGCGCACUGCCGAAAACGACAAAGAAGAUCUGGAGCACUCGCAGAAAGACUGGAGGCGUCGUCGUGAUGAACUAGAAGGUCAAUGGGAACGGUCGACAAGCGAAUUGAACGAGAUGCGCCAGGCCAUGACGCGGUUGCGCGAUUCCCUCGAUGAGAGCGAGAAGCAAGUUCGCGACUUGGAGAAGGAGAAAGCUGAGCUGCGUCGGUCAGUCGAGGAGACGAACAGUCGGCUCGAGAAGCUGCGCAAAUCCAACCGGGCUCUGGUGGAUGAAGCGCGUUUGGGUCAAGGGCCGCGGUCGUCGCGAUCGUCCAUGGACUCGGGGUCAAGACGGCCGUCUGCGACGCCUGUCUCGUCUAGUGACCGUAGUCCGUCUGUUCGGAGAACUGAAACGCCUACUGGCCCGAAUAUCGACUACAUCUAUCUGAAGAACGUGCUUUUGCAGUUUUUGGAGCAAAGGGAUAAGAAUUACCAAAAACAGCUUAUUCCUGUGCUGGCGAUGUUGCUCCAUUUUGAUCGGACUGAUGAACAACGAUGGAUGUCCGCGAUCGCGUCCAGAUGA